CCCGCCUCUUUUGGGUGCGAGACCCUCGGCCCGCCUUCCCGGCUCUCCACCUGCGCGCCCUCGCCCGCUCGCUCACUCCCCGGGCUCUGCGCCGGCGCGGUACCCGCCAGAGCGCGUGGGGAGCCGCGAGGCGCAUGCGCGGUGCGGGGCCCGCCGCCGCUCUGGUGUCGCCGCUGUCGCUGUCGCCGCCGUCGCCGCCUCCCUGCCGGCAAGUGUGGGAAGGAGGAGCUGAGGGCCGCCGCCGCCGUUGCCGCCAUGGGGAGGAAGUCAAGCAAAGCAAAGGAGAAGAAGCAGAAGCGGCUGGAGGAACGAGCAGCCAUGGAUGCUGUCUGUGCCAAAGUGGACGCCGCCAACAGGCUUGGAGACCCUUUGGAGACUUUCCCAGUGUUCAAGAAAUAUGAUCGAAAUGGGUUAAAUGUCUCCAUUGAAUGUAAGCGUGUAUCUGGACUGGAGCCAGCCACCGUGGACUGGGCCUUUGACCUGACCAAGACCAACAUGCAGACCCUGUAUGAGCAAAGUGAGUGGGGCUGGAAGGACCGAGAGAAACGGGAGGAAAUGACGGAUGACAGAGCCUGGUACCUCAUUGCUUGGGAAAACAGUUCCGUCCCUGUUGCCUUUUCUCACUUCCGGUUUGACGUGGAGUGCGGGGAUGAAGUCCUGUACUGCUAUGAAGUGCAGCUGGAAAGCAAGGUGCGGCGGAAAGGCCUGGGGAAGUUCCUCAUACAGAUCCUGCAGCUCAUGGCCAAUAGCACACAGAUGAAGAAAGUUAUGUUAACAGUAUUUAAGCACAAUCAUGGUGCCUACCAGUUCUUCAGAGAAGCACUGCAAUUUGAAGUCGACGACUCCUCACCUAGCAUGUCCGGUUGCUGUGGGGAAGACUGCUCCUAUGAGAUCCUGAGCCGAAGGACCAAGUUCGGGGAUAGCCAACACUCCCAUGCAGGCGGGCACUGUGGAGGCUGCUGCCACUGAACUCCCAAGCCAGAAUGCCCUCUCCAAGGCCUGUCCUCUCCUCCGGUCUCACACCACGUGCCAGGCAUCCUCAGAGCUAGGGCCUCCUCAGCCCUGCGUGUGCCAGGCUGCACCCUGAGAGCACAGAAUCCUGGGAGGAGUGGUCCGAGCUGCCCCCCUCCUGUCUCCUAGAAGAGCAGAGUGCUGGAGGGCACAGAGAGGAGAGGUUGCUGAGGGAAGAGCUAGCAGAACUCGGGCAUGAAGUGCAUCCUCUCAUGGCUGCCUUCCCCUCGGCUCUUGUACCCUUGAGCGUAAGGUUCCCCAACUUCUCUGCAGCUGGAUUCCUGACAAGCCCCCUGCCACACCCCUGGCAAAAAAAGAAACCCCCCACAUACUUGCACAAAUGGAUUGUUUAUACCCACCUUUAUGAAAGUCCUGGAGCCUUGGAUUGGGGUCUGGCUGGUCCCCAAAGAGGAGUGGACUCAAUGUAAGAUCGGAGCAUAGAGGGAAGCUCAUGUUGCGUGGACAGAAUGCGCCAAUGGAGGCUGUGGGAAGGUCUUCUGAGCCAUGACGCAGGGACGCAGGGGAGCUCUUUGUAUCUGUGUUCAUCGGUCCACAGUUGGAGUGGAGUCAUCCCAGGCGCCAGCUGACUCCAGGAGGAAGGCUGCCUCCCGCUUUCCCUCGCUGUCUGAGGGGCUGAGGGCCGGGAACAAGGCACGGAAUGGGGCCUGGCCGCAUGGGGGCGAUGCUUCUCUGGGCUUUUGGACUUGGCUGCAUUCUGAGCUUAACCUCUUGAUCCCAUGGCAGCGAUUCGAGUUUUUUAUUCAUAGAAAAAAGCCAGAGGUCCUGCCUGACCCUCCCCAUUGCCCCACACCACUCUCUGCCCUGCCUCUCACCCUGACCCCAUAUACCUCGGUUCGUACUCCAAAGCAGGG